AUGCACCUUCUUGCCAAGCCUCAGUCUGCAGGAUCUGGGGAGGCUGCACCGAGAGCCCUGCCUGGUCUCCCUAGCCCACUUGCGCUUCCUCUGGGGUCUCUCCCCGUUGUGGCCCGCUCUUUACUCUCGCACAUGAAGAUGCACUUGCAACGGGCGCUGGUGGUCCUCUGCCUGCUGAGCUUUGCCACCGUCAGCCUUUCGCUCUCCUCUUGCACCACCCUAGACCUUGACCACAUCAAGAAGAAGAGGGUGGAGGCCAUUAGGGGGCAGAUCCUGAGCAAAUUGAGGCUCACGAGCCCCCCCGAGACGGUGGGACCAGCUCAUGUGCCCUACCAGAUCCUGGCCCUGUAUAACAGCACCCGGGAGCUGCUGGAGGAGAUGGAGGAGGAGAGCUGCGCUCAGGACAGUCUAGAGUCCGCAUACUACGCCAAGGAGAUCCACAAAUUUGACAUGAUCCAGGGUCUCCCCGAGCACAAUGAGUUGGGCAUCUGCCCCAAGAGCAUCACCUCCAAUGUCUUCCGCUUCAACGUGUCCUCAGCAGAGAAGAACAGCACCAAUCUAUUCCGGGCUGAGUUCCGGGUGCUGCGAAUGCCCAACCCGAGCUCCAAACGCAGCGAGCAGCGCAUCGAGCUCUUCCAGAUCCUCCGGCCUGACGAACACAUAGCAAAGCAGCGCUACCUCAGUGGCAGGAAUGUGCAAACGAGGGGCUCUGCCGAGUGGCUGUCCUUCGAUGUCACUGAGACUGUGCGUGAGUGGCUCCUGCGCAGAGAGUCCAACUUGGGUCUGGAGAUCAGCAUUCAUUGUCCAUGUCACACCUUUCAGCCCAAUGGAGACAUCUUGGAAAACUUUAACGAGGUGCUGGAGGUCAAGUUCAAAGGCAUUGACAGUGAGGAUGACCAUGGGCGUGGGGACUUGGGACGGCUGAAGAAGCAGAAGGAUCUUCACAACCCCCACCUGAUUUUGAUGAUGUUACCUCCACAUCGGCUUGAGAGUCCAGCUCUGGGAGGUUACAGGAAGAAACGAGCUCUAGACACCAAUUACUGCUUCCGGAAUUUGGAGGAGAACUGCUGUGUGCGUCCUCUCUACAUCGACUUCCGACAGGACCUGGGUUGGAAAUGGGUCCAUGAGCCCAAGGGUUACUUCGCCAACUUCUGCUCAGGCCCUUGCCCAUACCUCCGCAGCGCAGACACAACCCACAGCACGGUGCUGGGCCUGUAUCACACGCUGAAUCCAGAGGCGUCUGCCUCACCCUGCUGUGUCCCCCAGGAUCUGGAGCCCCUCACCAUCCUGUACUAUGUUGGGAGGACCCCCAAAGUGGAACAGCUCUCCAACAUGGUGGUGAAAUCCUGCAAGUGCAGUUGAAAGGCACCCAGCCCUACCCAAAGCUGAGAGAGAAACAGUUACCACCAACUCUCCGGCUCCCAGAGUAACAUGAAGGGAACAAGGGGGCCAGAGACCUGAGCACACCGAGGCCUGGGCUUCUAACCCUGCAGCUCAGGACAUAUCACCCACUUUGGGGAUCCCUUUUGGAACAUUUCUCUGUCUUGGUGGCUUCAUGUACUUCUCUCUGAGAGUCACUUUGGUGAUGUGAAGACCACACUCUUCAGAAUGGCUGGACUUUUGGUGGAGGGGCACUGAAUGGAGAAACUGCACUGUGUUUGGAGGCAGGGGAUAGCUAAGAAUGGGAAGCAGGAGAGCGUGAUGAGCAUGUUGGAAAGGGGAAAGGGAGGCUUGACAAUCCUUUCUGUUCCGGCUCCAGCUAUCCUAGGAUCCCAGCCCUCCCUCUGUCCUGAAGAAUCAGGAUUUCUUUAUGAAGGAACAAACAAGUUUUCUUAAAAAAAUAAAGUUCACCAAGAAGGGGAUCUGAGAGAGACAUCCAGGCUCUUGCUGCCUCAGAGCUGGGAUGCAGGAGUCCACAGCUUACACUGUAUCCUGCAAAUCACAAAGGUCCAUUCUGUAGCUCCUGAGUACUGAGGUCUAAAUCCAGAUCACAAGCCCCACAAUCAAGCUGCUCAGGAUGGGCUGAUCUGAGAAAAGAAGGGAAGGAUGUGCUGACUCCAUUCACAGAAGGCUUGAUGUCUCCAUUCCCUUGCCAUGCAGUGACUCUCCCCUCCUGGAGGUCCUGCUGGAAGGUUUUUGCGUCAGUGCAGGCACCGUUGCUCCUGUGGGUACCUAGAUUUGGACCCAUCCAGUCUUGGGUUGUUCCCCCCAAAGGACCGUGUAUUUGUUGUGGUGUGUGAGGUGCCUAACGGAAUUCUGCAUCUCUCCUGCACAAGGACCUAGCCCAGGUCUCACCUGCCAAGGUUUAAAAAAAAUAUUAAUCUCAAAACCAUUGUAAAAAAAUAAAUAUUUUUUUGGGAAAUGGAAUUUUUUGACCAGAGGCAAUAUUUGCUGAAGGGGUAGAGAUUUUAUCAUAUCAGAAUUCUGUUCUAGCUGCAACAUAGGCUAGGGUGACUGCAAGAUCUGCCCCCCCACUCAGAACCCCUUGUCCCAUUCUCACUGGGAACACAGAGCACUACGGCUAGCUAGAGACU